AUGGCUACACGCUCGUACGCUGGUCCAGAGUGGCUAUUGUUCAUAAGGACGGAUAGCGACCGCGAUGGGAUUGUCGUGACAGCGGUGAGUACGCGGGGAAAGAAUGUCGUGGCCGAGCGAAUGGUGGACGAGACCGCGUUGAUGGAGCAUAGCGAAGAAAUUGGUGUCGAAAUGGAACCGAUCGAGUUUCGGCCUUUGCUGCUCAAAACACUGGAAACGCGUCGCAAUGUCGACCUGAGUGUGAGGAUGAGGGCAGAAAGUGAGACAGUAGAAGAAGUUCAUCUGUUGUUGACGUACGCGUUCAGCUCCGACAUUCGUCGAAAAGGAGCGUUUCGACUAUCGAUCGUUGCAGCGGAUGCCCCAGUGAGUCUCGUGGCAUUGUUGACCAGCAUUCAUGCGACGCCGCCACGUCCGAUACUUUCGGAAGACGAGCAACGAGAGAAAGUGGCAACGGAAUUGCCGUCUUCUGCGUCAAAAAGCAGCGAUGCUGUGGGUCCUGAAAAGGCAGAGGAUGGCAACAUGAGAGACAGCGGAGAAGCGACAGCUUUCCACAGGGCUUCGAGUUCCACUGCAACAGCUGCGUCGAUCCGUCCAGUGCGGCUGCAAAAGAGACUCCAUCCUGCUGGAACAAUGCGACGGAAAGGUCCUCGAGGGGCCAAGUUGGCAAAGAAGUAG